AUGGCGUGGACCCUCCCGGCGUCCGAUGUGGAUGAAUCUGCGUUUUCUCUCGAAAGUUUGUCUUUGUGCAACGAACUCAAUUCGGCAGAAUUACUAGAAUGGCAACAACAACUGAUAGUAUUGCGUAAUCGGUGUUUGCAGCUUUUGUUGGAUCUAAUCGUGGAAAACCCCACGAUCAACAAAAAGCUUUGCAAUGACUUAGUCAUGAUGCUCGGAUUUGACUGGAUUCAUCAAUUCCUCCGACCUGCUGUGCACUCAUCCACAGUGGUUUUGGCUCUUCAUCUGCUCGUUCUGCUUGUGCUGAAUCCGGCUUAUGCAGUUGUCGGCUCUAGUCCAACAGAAGACUGGACCAACGGAUUUCUGACGAUUUCAACGGCUCACUCCAAGGGUCAUAGGCCAUCGAAAUCCGCUCCAGAUGCAAUGAGUUCCGUAGACGGUUCCACAACGGCCACAUUUCCAGUCACGGAGCACGAUGGCCUAGCAGCAUUCCGUGUGGGUUGUCCUGCUGGUCGUUGGUUACGUGGCUGUGAAACUUUAUUGCGCCAGCAGCACGGCUUAUUCCUCGAUACCUCUAUGCGACAAGCCAAACGUACUUCAUCCCGGUUCGUGUUAGCUUUGCGUGAAUUUCGCUUGCCCACUUGCCAACAGCCUGGGUUCGCAAUGCUUCAGACUCUGUUACCGCAUCACGCGGAAUCACCGGAAUUGUUUUACCUUGUAGUUGCCCUGUUGUUGCAAAUUCCCAUUCGUCACAUUCCUCCCGAUUUCAAGGAUUUCUCCUACCUCUUGUCCUUUUUCUCCCUCCUUCAUCGAAUCGUUCUCCAUGUCCCAUGUUGUAUUACUGAUGGUCUCGAAGUAGAUCUUGGGGUGAGUGGAUUAGUGAGCAGCUUCCUGAACAGUGCCGGCCUAUCUGUUGGCGCUUUUGGUCGUCGUCGCACACGCACUGAAUCCGCAUCGGAGUCCGCGGUUGACGGAUCUGCAUCAUCGACCGCCUCUGAUACCAGUACUCUUGUCCAUUCCGGUUGGACUAAGUCUACAUUGUGUCCGGAAGCGGCCACUUUGUUGCUUUGUCUCAUACGAUCCUUGAUCACCUCGGAAACUGGAAAAUCCGAAACGCUCACUCGACGUGCUAAUCCCGAUUGGAGUGCCGAAUAUCCGGAUGUGUUGCUUCGCUUCUGUAUGUUCCUAUAUCAGACCAAGCCGCUCUUCCGGUCGAUCGCCAUGAGUCCGGAUUUCGUUAAUGCGCUCAUCGGACUACUACAUUCCGCUUCGGCGAACGUUCUCCACACUGUUACAAUUGAGGUAAUGGAAUGUCUGAUGAAUCAAAUUCUUUGUUUCUUGAGUUGCAAUCUUCUUCCCUUAUGUUUACAACCUAUUAUCUGUCUGUUUUUAUGGUAUACUGAAGUGUUUGAAAUACAACCGUUUCGAAUUUAUUGGUUCAUAUUAAACACGGGACACUUUCCCGCCGUCCUUAGUUGA